AUGCCUGGUUUCAGAGGCGGCAGAGGUCGCCAAUCCGGCGGAAGAGGUCGCGGAGGUGCAAGAAGACCCGCUACUCAAGCACGAGAUACUUUUCAAACCUCAAGACUAGGGCAGACAGAGUAUGCUCGUCAACCUUUUGAUUCAGAUUCCGUGAUCGCCGCCACUGACGCGAGCAGGGACGAUGCCUCUCAGGAGCAAACCUCCCCCGAAUCUUUAAACGGCGAGCUCAACGAACAGGGACCCCUAUCGGAUCAAGAUGAAACAAGCCAGUCUGAAAGCGAAGACGACGGCCCUUCUGCGAAAUCCUAUGCUACACUUCUCCAAUUAUUGAGUGCAGGAAGACAGACCAGCGGGCCUGCCAGAAAGAAGAGAAAGAUUGGAGAUGCAGCAAAAGGAGAGCUUUCUAUAAGCAAUGGCCACGAGGGUAAUGCUUCCUCAAUCCCGGCGGCAGAGGAGGUUCCUACUACGGAGGCGCUGGAUGAGGAGGUUGAGGCAGAUGAAGAGGCCGAGGACGGAAUCGCCCAUGCUGAAUCCGAUGACGAAGACAGCCUAUUAAAGGAUCCGUUCGAGAAUCACUACAGUGCAGUAGUCGAGCAGGACCUCAAAGAUGCAGCGGAGCAGGUUGAAAGGAGAGAUUGGCAGACACAGACUGUGGUAAUAGACGACGACAUUCGAAAAACCAUCACUGUGCUCAAGGGCAGACCGACACCAGCCAAUAAGUUCAGAAGUGUCAAAGACCUCUGUCUGAAGCGACGACUUCUCGAGACUGGGACUGCGCUUGCUUCUUCGUUGUCGUCGGAUGAGAAAGACCUAGCCAGCGCCAUGUUCAACUAUACUGACGUUAUCGACGGCAACCGCACACUCAGGAACUCGUCUCAGCUUCGCGACCUAUCCGCUCUGCAUGCUCUCAACCAUGUGUUCAAGACCCGCGAUCGGAUUCUCAAGAACAAUGCCAAACUCAGCUCCAGCAGUGAAACUCUGGACCUGCGCGACCAAGGCUUCACCCGCCCGAAAGUCCUGAUCAUCGUCCCUACCAAACAAGCCUGUGUGCGCUUCGUCGACAGCAUCGUCAAGCUCUGCGAGCCGGAUCAACAGGAAAACAAAUCCCGCUUCCUCGAGACCUUCUCCCACGAGGACAUUGAGGAAUGGCCCGACAAGCCCGAGGACUUCCGCGCUCUGUUCGGCGGGAACCACGAAGAAGAUUUCCGCAUUGGGCUCAAAUUCACUCGCAAGACGAUCAAAUACUUUUCCGGCUUCUACAACUCGGACGUGAUCAUCGGUUCACCCCUGGGGCUCAUGCGCACCAUCACCACAGGCGGCGGCGGCGGAAGGACCAAGGACGGUGUCAAGAACAAGAAGACGGCUCACGACGCAGACUUCCUAUCCUCCAUCGAGGUGGUGGUCAUGGACCACGCCAACGCACUGCAGAUGCAGAACUGGCAGCACGUCGAAUACGUCUUCUCGCAACUCAACCUACUCCCCAAGGAUUCGCACGGCUGCGACUUUUCGCGCGUGCGCCACUGGUACCUGGACGGCCGGGCCAGGUACCUGCGGCAGACGAUCAUCCUGUCGGACUUUCUCACGCCCGAGAUCAACUCGCUCGCGUCGUCCCGGCUGUCCAACGUGGCCGGCCGGGUCAAGUAUCUCCCCACGUACCCGGGGGCGAUGCUGGGCGUCAACUCGAUCCUGCCGGUGAGCGUGCCGCAGACGUUCCUGCGUGUCGACUCGCCCAGCCCGCUCGCCGACGCAGACAGCCGGUUCAAGUUCUUCACGACGACCGUCCUGCCGCCGCUGGUGCGCCACGCAAAGACCCACAAGGGCACGCUGCUGUACGCCACGAGCUACGCCGACUUUGUCCGCCUGCGGAACCACCUCUCCACCGCCCCGGACGCGACGAAUCUCUCGUUCGGGACCGUGAGCGAGUACACCCCGGUCAAGGACGUGCUGCGCGCCCGCUCGCAUUUCCUGUCCGGCCGCCACGCCCUGCUCCUGUACUCGGAGCGCGCCCACCAUCACUUCCGCUACAGGUUGAAAGGCGUGCGCAGGGUCAUCUUCUACAACGUCCCCGAGAACCCCCUCUUCUGGACCGAGGUCGUCGGCCUGCUGGGCCUCGCCAUGGACGCCGACUUUGAGUCCGGCAGAGGGAAGACGUCCACCACCACCACCACCACCACCAAGGGUGCCGUUCGCGCCCUGUUCUCGAAAUGGGACGCCAUGAAGCUCGAGAGGAUAGUCGGCACCGAGAGGGUCGGGAGACUGAUUCAUGACCGUGGGGGGGAUACGUUCGACUUUGUCUGA